AUGGGAUGGAUAAGAUCCAGGAGAGGUGCUGAACGACUGGUACCGGUAAGUGCUUGUUUCUCUCUUCUGCUCAUCAGUCACAGGUGUACCAGCUUCACUGCCCGAGCUGUACUUUCCAUCGAGUCUCUUUCGCACAACACAAUGCUAAAAAUACUGGCCUUCGAUCUCAAACAUAGUACGGUGAUGCCCAUGCCAAAUGUUGGGAGUCCCUUGCCGUCAAAAUCAAGAGACUUCCUCCCUAUGGCCUCGUACCCUGUUCGCGUUACAGCCUUCGAAGCGGUACGAUAUGCCUCUUUCUCAGAAAGUUCUCAUGGGUGA